AUGGUGCUGCCACUCCCGCAGCCGGCCAGCCCCGCCCCGCCGCCGGCCGCCUCCCGCUCCGGCCACGCCCGCUGCCAGGCCGGGCCCGCGCCUGCCUGCUCCCUGCAGCCUCGCCGCUCACUUCCGCCGGCCUCCCGCCUCCAAAUUCCGCGAACUUUGGCUCGAUUCCGGCGACCCGGCGAAUGUUGGCCAAGAACACAAAUCAAGCAGAUGGUUCCAUCAUGGACCGAGGCUGUGGCGCGCUGCCUGGUAGCAAGAUUUCUCAACCGAUUCGUAUCCAUCGGCAGCUUGACAUUGCUCGAAGAUGGAGGCAGCACGUUGAGCUUCGGCGAUUCCAGUGACGAAUGCCAAGUAAAAUCGGUUCUGCGAGUUCAUGACCCCGUGUUCUACUGGAAGGUCGCAACGGAAUCUGACCUUGGUUUGGCAGACGCCUACAUCAACGGCUGGUGCUCUUUUCUCGAUGAGAAAGAAGGCCUUCUAAAUCUUCUGCAGAUUUUCAUUGCCAACAGAGACAAGAGCAGUAGCAGCAUUGUCAGCAAAAGAGGCUGGUGGACACCCAUGAUUCUAACAGCUGGGGUGGCAUCUGCAAAAUAUUUCUUGCGCCACCUCUCGAGGAACAACUCCAUAACACAAACUCGUCGAAACAUCUCACAGCACUAUGAUCUGGUUAGUAACGAUUUCUCCUCGCUUUUUCUGGACAAAUCGAUGACGUACUCCUGUGGAAUUUUCCAAGAGGAUGAAAGCUUAGAAGCAGCCCAGCUACAUAAACUGAGCCUUCUAAUUGACAAGGCUAAAGUCCAAAGGGACGAUCAUGCUCUUGACAUCGGAAGCGGCUGGGGAAGCUUAGCGAUACAGUUGGUCAAGCAAACUGGCUGCAAAUACACUGGAAUAACUUUGUCGGAGGAACAGCUUAAAUACGCCCAGAGGAAAGUGAAAGAAGCUGGAUUAGAGGAUCACGUAACUUUCCUGCUGUGCGACUACCGUGAAAUACCAGCUCGCAAAUAUGACAGGAUCAUAAGCUGCGAGAUGAUCGAAUAUGUUGGCCAUGAAUACAUGGAUGCAUUUUUUACCUGCUGCAAGUCUCACUUAACUGAAGAUGGCAUAUUUGUCCUCCAGGUUCAGUGCUAA